UUCUACAGUCCAACACCAACUAUUUAUUUAUUUUUAUUUGCUACUUGUGAUCUUCAUUUUUAUAUCCUUUACCAGUUUCUCAUAUCAAACCACACCCACUUUACAAAUAAAGGUUUCUCCAACCUUUAAGAUUAAGCCCAGUUUUAAGUUUCUAGCGUUAAACCUUCAUCAUCUUCUUCUUCUCGCUCGAGUAGUCUGGCUAGUUCCACCAUCGGAGUUCUUCAAGAAAGCUACAUUGUAAACAUUUUAGAUGCAUGAUUCGUGAAAUCUCCAGUCUACAAAACGACAACGUAAGCAUUCAAGACCAUAACUCGAGCAACAUCAAGAACAGAAACAACAUGGACAUGAGAAGAGAUAGCCGACAAGACAUGACCUUUCGGGGACCAACUCAAGCUCAGAUGAUGAGUAAGCAAGAAUAUUUACAGACAUUGUCGUCUCAGAACAGUACGAGGAGGCUAAUAACUAAAUCGAGUUACUUCAGUUUGGAGUCGAUGGUUGUCCUUGUUGGUCUCACAGCAUCACUCUUGUUCCUUCCGUUGAUUCUUCCACCGUUGCCUCCUCCUCCCUUCAUGCUGCUUCUGGUUCCCAUUGGGAUUAUGUUUUUGCUUAUGGUUCUUGCUUUAAUGCCUUCCUCUAAUGCCAAACAUGUAACAGGCACUUACAUGUAACACGCUCAAAAAGUUUUGUUGUUUUGUGUAUUGUUAAGAGAUUUUGCGUACUUAUUUCAUUUGUUAAAACUUGUUAUCUGAUGCAGUAGUAGUACUAUAUGGUUUCAUGA